CCACUGUUCUACUCCUCGUCUGUAUAUCCAAUACAUUCAAUUACUCUCACAUUGUCAUAAGAAAGAGGCAAUGACUACCCAAAUCACUCCCUCAAAGAAGGCGGCUGCGGCCAUUCAAAAACUGAAGAUGGGCAACUCUCCUGCGAAGAGGAUCGACUUCUCGGCUGCGAAUAAAGAGAACGUCAGUGUCGAGGUUGCCGUUCCCAUCAAGGGCAUUCCCGACCUACCCGACGAGGAGGAAGAUAUCACGCCAUCAGUAGUACCCACACUGAAGCCAGAAGAGGCUGAUGAGCCCCUUUUACAAGAGAACCCUCAGCGAUUUGUUCUCUUCCCUAUCAAAUAUCACGAGAUAUGGCAGAUGUACAAGAAGGCAGAGGCAUCUUUCUGGACCGCGGAAGAGAUUGAUCUGUCCAAGGAUCUCCACGACUGGAACAAGCGACUGAAUGAUGACGAACGUUUCUUUGUCUCUCACGUUCUUGCUUUCUUCGCUGCUUCCGAUGGCAUAGUGAACGAAAAUCUGGUCGAGCGUUUCAGUGGAGAAGUUCAGAUCCCAGAAGCGCGAUGCUUCUAUGGCUUCCAAAUCAUGAUGGAGAACAUCCACUCCGAGACUUACUCUCUCCUUAUCGACAGCUAUAUCAGCGAGCCGAAGCAGCGCCGCUACCUGUUCAAUGCUAUUGAUAACAUCCCUUGUAUCCGCAAGAAAGCUGACUGGGCCCUACGAUGGAUCUCUGACAAGAAUUCGACCUUUGCAUCGCGUCUCAUUGCUUUCGCCGCCGUUGAGGGCAUCUUCUUCAGUGGUUCUUUCGCUGCUAUCUUCUGGCUGAAGAAGCGUGGUCUGAUGCCUGGCUUGACAUUCUCAAAUGAGCUCAUCUCCCGUGACGAGGGUAUGCACACCGACUUUGCUUGCCUCCUAUAUUCUCACAUCAAGAAUCGCCCAAGCCCUCAACAAGUACAAGACAUCAUCGUGGAAGCCGUUGGCAUUGAGCAAGAGUUCUUGACGGAUGCUCUUCCUUGCGCUCUUCUUGGCAUGAAUGCCAAGCUGAUGUCACAGUACAUUGAAUUUGUUGCUGAUCGCCUCCUUCUUGCGCUUGGCAACACCAAGUAUUAUAAUUCCGCCAACCCAUUCGACUUCAUGGAGAACAUUUCUCUCGGUGGCAAGACCAACUUUUUCGAGAAGCGUGUCGGCGACUACCAAAAGGCUGGUGUCAUGGCCAGCAUCAAAAAGGAAGACGACACAUCAGCAGGGUCAAGCAACGCCCAAAGCGGACAUGGAGACUUCUCGUUCGAUGACGAUUUCUAAACAGAUCACCCUUUCUUUAAAAAGUUUUUCUUUCGACGAUACCUCGUCAUGCGGUCAAACAUACCAAAUGACGCUGUACUCUUCUUGACCCAAGAUCUUCUUGGCCUGCCAUUUGCAUGUCGGGUACAUUGCGCUUGGGACUUUUGUACAUGCGGCCUAAGGGCUAUCUCACAUUUGUUAUGUCAUCUCUACAUCACUGAAUAUUGCGACGGCGUUGAUGGAUGAUGAAGAUCCUGGUUUGGGUAUAAGGGAUGGGGAUGACGUCUAUUUAUGUAUAUAUCCACACAGCGCCACUACGCGCUUAGAAUAAUUACAUUUCUACCAUUGAGUUCAUACUACUAUUGAUACAACCUAUUCAAAG